GCUGUCGUGCACGCACCUCUAGGCCCUAUCGCACGUAGUGAAAUGUGUGACCAAGUCGAUUCCGUUAGCUCUGUGGCUCACCGUCGUCGCCAACUUAACACAGAAUAUUGUGGCCUUCGAGCCAAAACCGUGGCUCGUACCAAUGAUAUAACGACAGACCCUUGCCUUUGAUUGUUUUUUGCAAGCUUCCACCAUCUCUAUUUAUCAUCCUACCACAGAGAUUCUCAUGGGCAAACCAAGGACCUUGCGCCACCGGCGAUCAGAUAGCGCCAAAUCAAGACGCCAACAACGGUACCGACGGAGGACCUUGCUUCUACUAAAAGCGUUCGAGUUCUGCAAGGAGUGUGAGGCGGAUGUUUCUCUAAUGAUUCGCUCGAAGCAUAACGGCGAGAUCUUCUACUUCAAUUCUGAUAACAGCUGGACGCUAUCGCGUGAAACAUUAGCCAUGCACUAUCCAAGACCCAAACAGGUCACAUGGCAAGAACUUGCCGCUCACUACUCUGAUCCUUCAGACGUAGGAAGAUGAUGGGGCCAAUGGGAUUUCCGACAACAGUAUUCACAGAAAAGGCACAAGGAUAGUCAAACAGCUCGGUAGUUUCCUAAUAGCGCGGACAAUCGGUUUUUCCUAAAGUACUCUAGUUAUCUAUCAUCUUAAAGCGGUUGAUAUAUGCGAAUCAUCAGGUCGAUGGGAAUGGAUAUCGGAAGCAGAAAAAAUCGUUACACCGAUCAAGGGAGGAACCUCCGAUUAUGUGGCCAUGUCGGCCAAAUUUUAGUUAGAUAAACACUCAAGCACUCAUGCUUUGUACUACGUUACUAGAAAAAUACGAG